UCGGCGUACACGCAAACUCACAACUCACAACCCUCCACCCUUACCCCCCGACCCAAGAACCCCAACAACAGCAGCCACGCAAGUAAGGCAAGAACAACCUCCGGGCCACCCAACUUGCUACAACUUGUCGCCAACAGGCGGAAUCCCGCACUUCAAGGACGACAAAUAAAUACAGAUCUUGGCAGGAGAGCUUGGCUUGGACGAUGAUUGAACCUGUGACGAUGAUCGUGGACACGCCCGUGUGGGGAGUCACGGCCGGUGUAAUGAACCCGACGGGGACCCACGAACAGGAGCAGCAGCGGCUUCGCGGGUGCUGGCUGCAAGCCGCCGCUAGGCACGCUAACAUCACUGCGAAGAUCACGAACGCUCUAGUGAUACGUCUUGAGUCGUCCGAUGACAACCUACGAGGACUGGAGCAGCAGGGGCCUCCCUUCCUGCCUCUACACGUUGCUGCCUCACAGGGCAUGACUGACGCGGGAAGGGUUGUUCUGGAGAGAGCACGCAAUCAUCAGUCGAGCCAACUGAACGACGUGGUCAACAUGCCCGACGCUACGCUCGGAUGCACCCCGCUGCACUGGGCGGCGAUGCUGAACCGGGUCGAUUUCAUGCUCUUGCUACUUGAUCACGGGGCCGACGUCGAUAGCCGGGACUUCGCGGGCCGUACGCCAUUGUUUUGUUGCGCUGCCUUCGGUGGGGUCGAAGCCGCUGCCCUCCUGCUAGAAAGGAACGCUGACGAAAAUGCGAAAGAUUCCAGAGGCCUUACCCCGCUCCACGCCGCUGCUGCCGGGGGACACCUAGAAGUGGCCGACGAGCUCAUCUCUGCCGGGGCAGAUGUCCGAAGGCAAGCAUUCGUUGGAUCCAUGCCGAGGCACGUGGCCGAAAGGGAGGGUCAUGCGUCUAUGGUGGAACUCCUUGUCAACGCCGCUCGGUCUUUGGAAGGAGGUGUUGAUCCUUCCGAUGCGCAUGGUGGCGGUCCUGCGAAUUGGUUGAUCCCCGAACUCCGGGCUUCGAUCGGAGGGUGCCCAUCGAGCUCGCCCUCAGUGCAACAGCAGCAGCAGCAGCUGCAGCAGCUGUCAGCGGCAUGACGUGCCUGCAUCUGAUCAUGAUUGUUUUCUUCUAUCGUACCCCCAAGGGAUAGGUGGUCGUGAUUUUCCCACUCUGAAAGGUUGGGUUGGUACCGUUUGGAUUUUCGAUCGUGGAGACGUUCGAGUGUGUUGGCCCGCCUAUCGAGGCGCAAGCCGUGAAGUGGAAGGAGGCCUAAGCCUAAGAUACACGUACGUCUUGAGGAUCCGGGACGAUCUUCACGAUCAACACCGAUUCGCCAGAGAAGAUUUUUCAUGUGGCCUGUGAGAUACGGAGUAUGCUCUCUCUGCGAGAAAGGGACUUUAGACCGCCGCCGGCCCCACACAGGAGUUGAACAGAGUCGCAAGUGUAGCGCGGGAAUAUUGGUGCAGGACAGGAAAAACUGUUUUUUGGGGUUGACUGCUGUGUUGCUGUGGAAAAGAAUUCCGGUGGCAACCCUAUAUAAUAUGCCCCCCCUCGUCGCGGGAUUGCUAUGUAGAGGUCAAUUUUUUAUCAAAGUGAAUCCGCCCCCCGUUGCUACUUACUUGAGGAGAGGACCUGUUGUGCAUAGAAUAGGUUUGUUUGUGUUGAUUAUGGCGGUUGAAGCCGGGGGGCAUUUUAUCGGGUGGGAUUGGUUCGAAUUCAAUAUGUUUCGCACGGGCUGGAGAGGGCCGGGUUUGCUCUUGCCAGGUGUGGUUCUUUACGCAACAGAAGCAAAGAAAGGUUGUCUUGUAUUAUACAUUUGUAGGGGGUCGACCUCGGUAUUACCGAUACGAAACGGCAAUUGGAACCGUAAGGUUUGUACAUAAUAAACUAUUCGUGACGACGAAGUUGGUGUGGGAUUUGGGGCUCGGCUGCCGUUAGAUUCUCGCUCGUCGGGUACAAUGCAGUAGAUGCAUCGCGAGGACCGUAGAAUACGGUCUGGUUUGCCGCACGUGCGUGUGUGCAUUGUGCACGGUGAGAUUAUGGGGCGCAGAUUUUUACAUUACCAGUUGUACCAGGACCCGAUUCGCAGGGUAUCCGUCGAUUGACUUUUACCAGAAUCGGUACACCUUCGCAUAUGGCGUCAGCUGGAUACUGGUUCGAAUCUCCUUGGAAUUUGGGUGCACGUUUUUUCUCCUCUG